UGCCACCCCAGAGUGAGUGAGUGAGGACUACAAUGCCACUCAGCAGACGUCAUCAUGGUCUGUCCCAACUGGCAACACAACAGCUGGCUCGUCCUGGCCGCUCUACUCCUGUCUGCCAGAGGACAGACAGGCACCGACCCUUGCGCCCCAGUCCAGUGCCAGAACGGAGGAAGUUGCCAGAUUUCCCCUGACAACGUUGCGUUCUGUGCGUGCGCCACGGGAUUCACGGGAAGUCUCUGUGAGGUGGCUGUUGUGGACGAGUGCUCACUGCCCAAUGGUCAUCGGUGCCAGAACAACGCGCGAUGCGUUGAUGAGUUGUCGGGUUACAAGUGUGUUUGUCUGUCUGGCUGGGAAGGAGAUUUUUGUGAGACAGUAAGUUUUUACCCAAGUCUUAAUACUGGUUUUUUGUGGAUGUUGUAG